CUCGGUUGAUGACAUCUGCCUGUAACGUACCAGGAGCAUGAACCCGCUAAGUCAUCAGUUUUGCCCUCCUGUCAACCUGCCCGUCCACACAGCUACCACUGCAGCCCGACAAUGGCCGAUCUAGCGAAGACAACGAAGCCCCUGUCUGUCGUGGCGAAGUUGUGUUACGCUUUCGGUGCUGUUGGCAAUGAGGUCCUGUGGAUCGUAUUCGGAGCGUACACCAGCAUCUUUCUGGUGGAUGUGGCGCAGAUGCCACCCUUAUUUGCCACGUCCAUUAUUUUCGGCAGUAGGGUAGUGGACAUCUUAUGUAAUGUCGUCAUGGGCCCGAUGAUUGACAGGACGAACACACGAUGGGGAAAGACAAAACCAUGGAUCGUAACAUCAGCUCUGUUUAUGACUGUAACGAACGCGUUUAUCUGGUAUGUCCCGGAUGUUGGGACGGGUGGAAAGCUGGCCUGGUACAUUAUUCUAUACGUCGUGAUGGUGCUAGCCUGGUCGGGGUUUGCAAUUGCCUACCGCGCGUUUGUGAUGUUUCUGAGCGAUGACAUCGCGGAGAGAGACUCGGCAAUCCAGUACAGGGCCAUCUUCACAAUUGGAGGGACUGUUGUAGGAAUGAUAAUGUACGGACAGAUCCUCGCUUCAUUCAGACGUUCCGAGCACGACUCCUGUGACAACAUCACCUACAGCGCUAACAACAGCACCAACGGUUCUGUGGACGGAGUUUCUUUAGAGAUGACGGUUAGUCAACGCGCACCAUCAGAAAACAGAACCGGUUACAUGGUCUCCUCAGCAGCUGUGUGUGGUCUUCUGCUGUUGAGCUUGACAGCGGUCGUAUUUGGAACGACAGAGAGAAAAGAUAUUUCAGCGACAUCCGGAGGAAAACGUGGCCAGAACAUGUUCAAGACGGCGAAGAUUGUGCUGACAUUUCGCCCCAACGUCUAUUUUCUUCUGGCAUUUUUCUUUGUUCAAGUACCUCUUUCUAUAGGGCAUGGUGCGAUCGCCCUCUACGUACAGUACAGUCUGGACCUGGAGGACCAGAUAGAGAACGUCAUUUUAGCUUUAAUGGUGGCAUCAGCGGCAGCCGUGCCUGUUAUUGGUUUGGUUGUGUCCAAAGUUGGAAGGAAGACUGCCUACAUUUGCUUUGAGCUGGCUGCAGUUCCGGUGUUUAUUGGAUUCCAGUUUGUACCAAAGGGAAGCUUGGUUGUUUUUCCUAUUACCAUCGGCAUAGGCGUCACUACGCUUGCACAGAUGUAUAUACCAUGGUUGAUGAUGACUGACAUUAUAGAGGACUGCUACCUACAGACCGGUGAAAGACUGGACACUCCCUUCGUCGCCAUCUUCUUGUCCAUCAAUAGUCUCGCCAUCACCGUGGGACUGAUCAUGGGAACUAUCGGGCUGGAAAUCGGAGGCUACAAACUAGGAUCUUGUGUUCAGCCUGACACGGUGGGAAGCGCCUUGCGGAUUCUUUCGUCGAUUUGCACGUCAGUCCUGACCUUCAUCGGUGUGGUGUUUGCAUGGAGAUAUCCCAUCACUGAGGACAGGCGGAAAGAAAUUACAGAGGCCAUCAACAAACGAAAACUUUCAAGGAACUCCCAACCUGACGAGAUCCAGAGAAACGGAAGCCUGUCCAACAUGAACGGAAAAGGUCUUCUGACUGAGGAGACUUCAAGGCCAGAAGGAUUGCAGGAAGAAGACAAACUUCUGUCGUCAGAACUGGACUUGUCUGUACUUUUAGAUUGUAGAGAAUCAGUGGUAUGAUGCUUGUGGAAAUGCCACAGGAAAACGAAAACUUGUUUUUUUUUUAGAAUAUCGUACUAUUCCAAAAAAGGCAGGUCCUUGAUAUGCAAAUGUAUGACCAAAUUUACGGAGUUUAAGUCGUGAGAGAGGCUGCUGCUAUCACAAUGUAGAAAUUAUGAACAAAUUGCACAAUAUCACACCAGUAACCGUUACAUCAUAACACACAUAAGUUGUCUUAGAUAAAACUACAUCUAACAUUAUUUGUUCAAAAUCUAGAAUCUAUAUUAAAAAUCUAUAUUAAACAGAUCUCCAAGUUGACAUGUAUUAAACAUCAUAAUGCUACAUUGUACACGCUUUUCUUCAGACUCACUCAAGACUCAGUUUAUAGUUUCUCAUAUCAUGUAAUGUAACAAAACGCCCUCGUUAGCCCUCUUUUGGUUUCAACGGGUACACCGUCGUAACAGAUAUUUAUAAAAACGCUCACCAAUAUCUGCAAUGCCCGAACCUUUAGAGAAAACCUCUACAAAAAAUUACAACAAACACUAUUCAAGUCAUGACUCUAAGCUUCACCUUCAAAAAUAGUCUUUCAUGUCUUCUUCUUCGAAAUGUACUACUAUGACAUCAUCAAUAUCCGUUUUUCGAUAUCGAUGAUGAUGAUGAUGACUGGUUUAUUCAAUCAAACAACUUGAAUGUACAAGCCUCUGUAUGCAUCCCUAAGGCUAAAUUGGCGGACUAGUUUACGAUUGCGGGAUUAAAAACUGUUAAAACUAUUUACACAAAGUCAUCAUUAAGUAAAAAUAUUUACACAAUGUCGCAAGUUAAAAAUAUCUAUCUAUACAAUGACAUCAUUAAGUAGGGGCACCAUGUGGUAGAUCAGACUUUUCGUUAAUCGAGUGGUGUUAGCUCUGAGAGUCUGCAGUCUGUUGCUUGACCGAGUCUUACGACCAGAAAUGGCCCCACGGCAAAGAGGAAACCAGUCCCUGAAGACUGGGGAUCUG